GAGAUCAGGCAGUCUGCUCUGGCAGCAAGACUAUUCUUUGCAGCCUUUGCUUCUUGGCCCUUUACUCUCCAGAACCGUAGACUGCGUACCAUGCCCUCCCAUGGGGUGUCUGUUGCCCUGCUGCUUCUAGCCCAGGUGGGCUUUUCUGUGAGCCUUGAGGCUAUCCAGUGCCCUCCAUGCUCUGAGGAGAAGCUGGCACGCUGCAGGACACCCUCUGGAUGCGAGGAGCUGGUGCAGGAACCAGGCUGUGGAUGUUGUGCCACGUGCGCCUUAACAAAAGGGAUGCUCUGUGGGGUGUACACAUCUCGCUGCGGUUCAGGGCUGCGGUGUUACCCACCGCGGGGAAUGGAAAAGCCCUUGCACACACUCAUGCACGGCCAAGGUGUUUGCAUGGACCUGUCUGAAGUCGAGGCAAUCCAAGAGAGCAUGCAGUCAACAGAGCAAGCAGAGAUUGAGCUCCCUCCCACCAACAACUUCAGCCCCUGCAACAUCCAUGACCGCAAAUGCCUGCAGAAACAACAAGCAAGAGCACGGGAACGAAUAAACAUUGGUGUCAAGAUGAGGAACCACGGGAGCCUCAUGCUCCGGGAGGACAUCCGGCCAGUGGUUCAAGGCUUGUGUCAGAAUGAGCUUCAGAGAGCCCUAGAGAGACUAGCAGCUUCCCAAACCCGAACCCAUGAGGACCUUUACCUCAUUCCCAUCCCUAACUGUGACCAAAAUGGACAUUUUCAUCCCAAGCAGUGUCACCCAGCUUUAGAUGGGCAACGAGGGAAAUGUUGGUGUGUGGAUCGGAAGACAGGGGUUAAAUUGUCAGGAAGUCUGGAAGUGAAGGAAGAUUUGGAUUGCCACCAGCCUGUAGAAGGAGUGGAAGAGUGACCAGGCUGAUAAGUGGACAAUAAGACUUGCCUUGACAAUCUGCCAAGGGAACUUGUUGUACUUAGUGUUUGAUAAGUAGAUGCAAUGUAAACUGGGAGUUACCACAAUGCCUUUUUUUUCCCCUGAGGGGGAAUAAUAGCAGUAAUGGCUGCUUUUCUCCUCAAAAUAACUGCAUUAAUCUAAGCACAAUGUGGCUUAGUCUCUUUUCUGUUUAACUGGGUAGCUAUUUGCAUCCAUGGAUCAUUCUUCAUUGACAAUGGGAACUGUAUUCCAUGUGAAUGACCAUUGAUGACAAAAAGCCCCACUGGCUUUAAUCUUGAGUACCUCAGUAAGUCUUUUGAGAGUUUCCUCUGAGUAGACCUGCUCUUGUUUUUGGUGUAAACUGUUAGGGAACUUGCUCUUCUUCCACCGAGAAAGGGAAAAAGAAAAGCAGGGGACAAACUUCUUUCCCCCCACUUUUCAUAAAAGUCCACUAAAACCCAGGCUGGUUCAGUAGUGCCUAGACUUCUUCCAUCCUAAUAUACUUUAUCUUCUCAAUACAAGGGAUAAAUUACAUCUAGGAUGAGAAAAAGUAUGCUUAUUUGAAAGGCUUCAUUUUCUAGCCAUGAUGCACUGGUUUUCAUUGCCACGGCUUAGUCUUGAAACACAUUAAACACAUUUUGUUCUUGAACAAAAUCCUCUAAUUUAUAUUGACCAAACAAACUUUUCUCAAUCCCAUGUUUCACCAACAGGACAUCAGAGUUUCACUUUGAAUUUGGGUUGUUGUUUCCAGGCAUAAUUUCUAUUUUUGCUUUAAUUUAAAUGAACUUAAAUUGUUAAUUCAUAUUCCAAAUAGGGAUACAGGGAUACAAUUACAAAAAACUCAAAUCAUAAUAUGUAAUAAUUAAAAUCAUGCUUCUACAUUCAUAUAUUUUUUAAAAAAAUAAAAAAAAAGAUAGCUGGCAUAAUCUAGCUGAUAUUCUACCCUUGCUUGGUAAUUAACUAUUCAGUUUAUUUUCAAGCAGAGUAAGAUAAUCUUUGGUGCAUAGGAUAGUAUCUCCGAAAUCUAGAAAAAUGAUAUUCUAAUCUAGGGCAUUUGGUAAUAAUAAUAAUGGCUUCCAAUUUGUAGUAUUAGUGAGAAGAGAACUUUUAGAAAUUGGCAUGGGAGCUGGAUUUAGCAACAGUUUCAAGGAUUGUGCUUUAGCUUAUCUGACUAAAAUAAGGGUGUGGGAGGGAAAUCCUAAAAAUGGGUCUAUAUAUUUAUUUAAUUUACAUUGGAGGUAGGAUUCAGAUUCACCCGAUAUAGCUAUUUGCUUUCUUUUCUCUUCCUGUUAAAUGUAGAGUAAUUAUAGCCCUGGUAUGAAGAGAUGUACCCCACCCAGGAGUACUUUCAAUCUGGAAACAAAAGUGAAAAUGUUUAAAGCACCCAAGACUGAAUUUGUCCAUUCUAGAGUCCAAUCCCAUUUAUAUUAAUAAAACAAGGCUACUUUUCUUCUAGCAUCUUUUUUUAUUUCUAAUUAAAGAGCAAUAAAAUUAAUGCCAUCAGGCAAUCUUGCUGUAGAACAAGGAACCUCUUCCCCAAAUGAAAUGUUUCUCAUUAGCAAGUAGAGUUUGCAACAUUGGGGAGGGGGGAGAUAAGAAACUCCCAGCCUCCUUGCUGGAACUUCAUAAAAAUCUUCAGUUUGGGCUGCCAAAAUUUGUUGGCAAAACCAUUAAUUUUCUAUGGGGCAGUUUCUCACAUUUUGCCUUUAAAAGGACAAAUAGAUCUCGAUGAGGUGCAAAGUAAUUCAUUUUCUUUUUAAAAAAAUAUAUCCCUCAGAUUAGGAUGUUCUUCCUAACUAUAAAUAUAUAUGUUGAUCUAACUUUCAGAUAAACAAAUUGUCAAGAAGGAGACUGUGAAGCAUGUUUUCAGAACAUGGGCAGCACUAACUUUUGAUGAAGUCCAUCACCUUUCAAGAGUGUAAGAACUCAUUCCACAUUACAACAGCCAUGGGAUGUUGCUCUUUCAAGUGGAGAAAUCUUUGCUUGGACCUUGUUGCCCUUAUUAAUGACUGGUUUUAGAAAGGGAACAGUUUUAAUAAGGAACUGAAACUGUCAGCUGCAGCCUUUCUUCCUGAAAUGACAUUAUUCUAAAUGUAGGUUCUUUUUUUAGAAUGUGCUAAGACAAUAAUAUAUCAAAAGACAGAAACAAAAACAUGAUGCAUGAACAAUAAAAAGGGAGGAAAGGACAAACAGCAAAGGAAUAUUAAAAAGGGGAGGGAACCCAAAAUAAUUAAUAACAUGAGGAAAACAAACAUAUGGUUGAACCUUAUCUCAAUUAAUCUAUAAACAACAACUAUCUCCAAUAAACCUGUCAACUUGAUAUCUAACAGAGCUAACUAGGGAAAGAGGAAUAAAUAGCAUAUCAUCAACUAUUUCCAAAUCCAGGCUGCUUGUGUUGAUUAAAACAGUGUUUGGGGGUUUUUUGUUGUACGGCAAGCUCUUAAUUGGCUUUAGGGUGUUUAUUAUGUGGAUUUGGGGAACCUAAUCUUUUCUGGAAAAUGAAAGGGAGAGUAGAUUCCGAUCUAUUGAAUCUGAAUCUGGCUACAAUCCACUGUUAGAAGUUUUGGAUUUCAGUUUAAUUCCUUUACGGCAAGUGAUAAUUGCUUGAUCCCUUCUGGUCUAUUGCAGUCCUUUAGUAGUGCAACUCCAGGAAUUUCAUAGUCAUUUUCAAGUUUUUGGACUUCUAUUUUCAUAAUUUUCAGCAGCAUCUGGUGAGUACCAAUCUGGGAAAAACUGUAACUCCAAACAUAACUGAUUGGUGAAACACAGCAUUUAUCAAGGAUGAAAACAAAUAAACUUUCAUAUUCAGUGGUCCAUAAUAGUGGCAUAUUAGUUAUUGCUAACUAACUUAAUAUUGCCUGUGAUAUUAUAUAGAGCUACACGUUAUGGCCUGUGCCUUCCUAAUGGUGUGAGCAAUUUUGUAACAUCUUCAGGUUGCUCCAACGUUUAUGGCACUGUUCUUCAAUCUUGGCAACUUAAAGAUAUUGAACUUCAACUCUCAUAAUUCCCCUUCACCAUAAUAAGUGAUUCAAUUGUGGAAAUUAGAAGUUGUCACAAUUUCCCUAUUUUUCCCCCUGAGGCUGCAGAGACAGUUUUCUCUAUUUGAAAAAGAGUUGUUACAUUUCUUUGAGGGAAGAGUAACAGUUUUGUAGGUUUUCCUGCCUCAAAAUGGCAUGACCAGUUUGUGAUAGCUAUGGUGCAAGGGGGAUCGGUGGAUCACAAAAGAAGAUGGGAGCCUCAGGUUGCCUAUUUCUUUAUUGCUUUUGUGUAGCCACAGUGCAUUUUUUAAACUGCAGUUAUCUGAGAGCCAAGUCCACUGAAUUCAGUGGAACUAAUAUUUGAAUAGCUAUCCAUCCUAUUUCAUAUUUGCUACAUCAAACAUAGCAUCUUUCAGCAGAAUCCCAUACAAUGCUCAGCAAUUACACUUCUAAGUAACAAAAAUGAAGAAGUGAAGGUUAAUUUUUGUUGAGAGGAGAUAUUCUCUCAGUGCCAGAAACUAAAGCUGUGUAACCUUCAAACACGAUUCAGUUUGAAAAUUAAGUCAACUCUUAAAAUAGCAGCAAUUUUAAUAGUUGAUCUCUUUCACAGAUUAUUUGAGAAGUG